AUGCACGUGGCCAAACCCACCAAGAGCCACGCAGUUGAGUGUGCGAAGUGCUGCGCAAGUACGCUAUCACCACCACCACCACCACCACCACCACCACCACCACCACCACCACCACCACCACCACCACCACCACCACCACCACCACCACCACCACCACCACCACCCCCACCACCACCACCACCACCACCACCACCACCACCAACUAACUCACGCACAACUCACUGUGCCUGCUCUCACACUGCUGUGGAGUACAUCGUCGGACACGACGGUCGAACUGUCAAGAGUCGUCAUCCAAAUUCUCUUCACCCUUCCAACAGACAAAUAAUCGCCUUAUGGGGCAUGCUGUAUCAUAACUCCACCGUCACAAGGAAGCCAGCAGUCACUGGAAUCGAGUGA